AGGUAUAGUACUUUCACAAGUUGAUAAACCGUAAAUCGAAGCCAGACCAGCACCAAGUAAGAACGAAACCAAAAACGGUAAAAUCCGAUACUGAAUCCGCGAUCGGGCCUACAUAGCGCCAGCGGCGAUUUGGGACCAAUGAUUAACUACCAGUGAUGCAGACCCAUGUUAUUGCGGCGCGGACGCCAGCAGGUAGCCCAUGUUGGUGGCUGCAACGCUCGAAUCCUCACGAGAUACCACGACGAGAAACGGAAAACGUUUUUGAAUACUGAGAGCAGAGAACAGAACAGCACAAAAUGAACCCUGCACCAUGGUACGUAAAUAGAACAGCCCUUGGCCAACUUACUUCUUAAGCGCCCAUCUCGCUGUUUUCCUUCUCUGCUUCAUUCCAUCUCGAGAUUCCCUUCCACACCACCGGGCAUCAACGUCAAGACAAUAUCCGAGACAUUUGUAUCGCAUCGAAAACAAUGUUAGCACUGAGCGCCCCAAGCCGUCUUAAUCGUGCGCUUACACCGCCAGAGCACGCCAUGCCCGAACUCAAGAAGCGCAAGCGCGAGCAAGGCCCCAAGAAGCUCUUCCAUCUCUCCAUAAAAUCAGACGGCACCAUCGCAUUCAACCUCGCCUCGAAAUUCGACGCCUUCCCGAGAAAGCUCACGUCCCAGAUCAUACGGCAGAUCAUCGAGCGGCACGGCUGCUCAGUCCCCAGAGCGGUCUUCAGCAUAUACCACACUGAAAGCCUGCAGCCGUACCCUGCCGCCCCGUACGGCUUCCAGAAGGCCUCGUACUCGCUCGUCGGUAUGGCGAAUUUGCUUGCUUUGGACCAUUUCUGUGUCGAGAAGCUGGAGGGCUGGGAUGUGAGGGAGGCGGAGUGGGUGAGUCUUGAGCCGCGGGUGUUGGUUGACAAUCCGCACUUUACUGAGCUGCAUGCUCUUCGAGUGGAUGAUAUUGGGUGGGGGUUCGAUCGGAACGGUUGUUUGUCGCUGUCGGUGGCUAGGGAGGAGGAGGUUUACGUUCGUAGGUCUUCUGUGUAUGUGCAGAGGCUCGUGCAGUCUGCAGAGAGCUGAGUGCCGACUGGGGCAUUUACGCUCUUGUGGCGAGCCGCAAAGUCGAAGAUAGCAGAGUUCGUUUCGUAAUGCAUGCACGAUGAUGAGGUUCGACUUGGUUGAUUGAAUGUUAGUAUCGUAUGACUGAACCAUUUCUCUCACCUCCAUGCUCUCUUACGUCCAUGCUCUCUUACGUCCAUGCUCUCUUACGUCCAUGCUCUCUUACGUCCAUGCUCUCUUACGUCCAUGCUCUCUUACGUCUAUGC